AUGACUCAUUUUGAACUAGAAUGCAUAGAGUCAAAAACAGAAGGAGCUCGUGAGCAAUAUGGCCAUUUUAUAUUAGAACCUCUAAAACAAGGCCAAGGUAUUACUGUUGGCAAUUCAUUAAGAAGAACUAUAUUAUCAGAUUUACAAGGAACAGCUAUUGUAGCUGUAAGAAUAGCUGGAAUAAACCAUGAAUUUUCUACGAUUACAGGCGUAAGAGAAGAUGUAUUGGAGAUACUGCUAAACUUAAAAGAAGUCGUAUUAAAAAGUUAUACUAAAGAACCACAAAUAGGUAGAAUUAGAAUACAAGGACCGGCUAUUGUAACAGCUGGAUUAUUUGAUGUACCAACAGAGAUACAAAUAAUUGAUCCCAAGCAAUAUAUUGCGACUAUAUGCAAUAAUACUAUUUUUGAAAUGGAGUUUCGUAUCGAACAAGGAAGUGGAUACCGCAUAGUAGAUAAAGGCAUUGACCAUCAAUCAAUUGAUUUCUUGCAGGUAGAUGCUGUAUUUAUGCCGGCAAAAAAAUUUAACUAUGUAGUUGAAGAAAAACGUAUUAGUUCUACAUUGGUGCAAGAAAAACUAUCUUUAGAAAUAUGGACCAAUGGUAGUUUAUCACCUCAAGAAGCAAUAAGUGAAGGAGCAAAUGUACUAACUAACUUAUUUCAUCCUCUAACUAAUAUAAACUUUCAGCCUGCAGUAAACAAUCAAAUACAAGAAGAACAAGCAAUUAAUCAAGUUUUAAUUGAAGAACUUCAAUUAUCUGUUCGUGCUUAUAAUUGCUUAAAGAGAGCACAAAUACACUCUAUUUCUGACUUAUUAGACUAUUCACAAGAAGAAUUAUUAGAAAUUAAAAAUUUUGGACAAAAAUCUGCAGAAGAAGUGAUAGAUGCCUUACAAAAAAAAUUAGGAAUAAGUUUACCAAAGGAAAAAAGUUAG